AUGUCUAACCAUCAAACCCCCGUUCCAAAUGACUCAGACGUGCCCGCGGUCCAAGGCCACAUGAAUGCACUUUUUGAUGAGCCGUCUAAUAAAACCGGUGACGACGCUCCUGCAACAUGUAGCCAACAAAAUCCGCUGUACCGGAUCGGCACCGUGCCUCGGAUUCAAUUUGACCAACGAAACGAAAUGAUUGUCCAGGUCAAGUUCAAAAUCCAUACGGAAAUGGAAGUUGCAGCUGAACAACCGACGUUGAUUAAGGUAGCUAGCAGGACUCGCAAAAGUGCUGCUAGCGCGGCUGUCCGCUACAACUUGAUUGAAUCAAAGAUGUUCAAUCAAGGUAACGUCAUUGAUUUGGUGAAGUGUUUGUUUGGGAAGUCGCUAAACGACUUCAAAGGCAUGUGUGGCGACAUAUGUGAGGAGUACGAACCCGGAAUGCGCCACAUGGUUCUCAAAAGCGACCUUGCUCCGCGUUUGAGAUGGAUGGGUCAGGUGGGUCGAGAAAAGGUAUUCCUUGUGGACUGUCUUACCUGGCAGAGCUUUGUAGAUUUGCUUGCCAAAGCCACCAAGCACAAGGGCUCGGUGACGAUUUAUACUGAAAAUCCCAAGGAACAGGCCAAAAAGGUUGCUCAGACCAGCGCCGCCAAGCAGUUCAUUGCUUCGGCGAGCGGCUCAACCGGCGCAGACGCGCAGGUGGGGGAACUCACCAAAGAGUUGGAGGAUGCGCGCAAGCGCAUUGCGCUUCACGAAUUAACGGCUCAGAUCUUCCAUGAGCAAUCCCAAAAAGGGACCUCCGGCGAUGGGGCCAUAUUGGUUUGCCCAUGGGAUCCGAGUUUCCAGUACCGCAUGACGUGGAACGGGGCAUGGGUCUGGGCAAAGGGCGUGCAAGCCGGAAUGGCUACUCGUGAAAUUCCCCCCCGGACCUACGAAUACCUCGCUAUUAUCAAGAAAUCCCGAGUGUUCCACAAGGGAUUGAAAGUUGACGACCGAGUUAAGAUGCAAUCGUCUCAUUUGAAUCUCGAUUUAUCCCCCACCUUCAAGAAAUCUGGAGGUUCUACCGAGAAUUUCUUUGAAUCACCUGCCCGACUUUUAUUUCAAAAAGCGUCUAGUUCCAAGAGAUCUGCGAUCUUUGCAGAUAUCGGUAGGUCUGAAGAUAAACAAGGUCAGGGUCAAGAAGACAAGAAAAAAAUUAAACUUGAACCCACCUCGCCCUCUGGAGUAGGCAAAGGGAUCACGAUAGUGCUGUCUUCUGAUCCGGUGGAACCUACCAAAGGGACUUCGUCUCAAAAUUUCAAGAUACACAUCAAGGAUGAACCAGGCUUGCACUCUCACUCUGGGUUUGGCCAAGGGUUAUCGUUUGGUUUAUCUUCUGGCCCAGGCAACACUCACGCUUUGCAAAGCAUCAAGAAAGAGGACACGUAUGACGCAGGUACAUCCAGUUAUUCAUCUUAG